AUGUAUAACAAUUAUUCCAAUGCAACUUUCCGAGUCUAUGAAAAGAGAAGUAAGGGGAAACUUUUAAAGUCCGAGAGGAACAACAACCAAGCUGGUCGCUUCAUGAGCUUUGAGGAAGAAUUAGAAGGAGAGCCUUCAAAAACUAAUGCCCGUAGCUCUACUACGGAAGGUAGCAUCAGCAAUAACGAACGCGUUAGGAGCAGUAGGAAUAACUUGAAUAUUCUCUCCAACUUGAGUAAGACUGAUGAAGUCUCCAUCAUAGGAGUGAAUGUCUCGAACAUUUCGAAAUCUGCUUCCAAGACUACAAACCAAAAUACGAAUGAUCUAACUGCAACAAACGCUAUUGCCAAGAAGAAAAAGGCCUUGAGAGAGCUAUGGACCACUCUGAGAUCACUCAAAUCCAACUAUGAUGAGAGUAAGCAUGCUUGCUUGUUUCAAAUUAUUUCAAACAGUACAGCAGCUUCCAGUUCUCGUUUCAGAAGAAACAACGCCAUUCUACUUCAGAAAGAGAAUCUAUUUGCCACCUCUUCAAAUCGAGUCUCGAAAAGGUCAUCCACGAGACGACGAGGACAUUUUGGUGGUAGGUGGCUCUUCUCUCCCAAUAGGGCAUGUUUGGAAGAUGAUGAAUGGGCAACAUUUCCCGGCUUUACUUUUAAUGAGCCUUAUGAUAGUCAUAAUUAUUACAUGGACAAUACUUCUGACAGAAGGAUGAUGCUCGACCAUCAAACUGAAACACAACUUCAAACGCACGUUGAAGAUUUAAUCAUUGAGCCAGAUGACCCAAACUACUACGGUUCUUUCAAUUCGUACACGUACCAACACGAGGAGUUUCCACCAAGAGACACCAAAUUGUAUGAUUCAGCCUCUUCUUCAACAACAGCAUUUUCAUUUAAUACCCUUAAUUCUCCAACUCACUCGGACGAUAUCUCCAUCGACUUGAAUGGUGACAAUGAUGAUGAUGUGUUGGUUGACAUGGACUUCAGUCCACCAACCACUUAUUCAACAAUGGGAAAAAGAGAAUUUUCAUUUGAAAGAAAAGCUCCUAACUUUCCACCUUCCUCACCAGAAUUUUAA